AUGCCAGCGCAGGUCUCGACAUCGUCUUCAGAACACAGCUCAUGGCAAACCCUCAGGACGCAUCUCAACUUUUUCCGCAUACAUGUUGUUUUCUUUACUUUAACGCCCCUGAUAUUCUCCGGAAUCUUUUAUGCUAGCAAUGGCAAGUAUCCAGUUGCAUACAUUGAUGCACUAUACAAUUCAGUCAGCGCGAUGACCGUGUGUGGUCUCGCGACUGUGAACCUGAGCCAGCUUACUGCUUGGCAGCAAGUGCUGUUAUUCAUCCAGAUGUGUGUUGGAAACCCAGUCAUCGUGUCGUGGGUGAUGGUGUACACCAGGAGGCACUACUUCGCUAAGACAUUCUAUCAUAUCAUUGGAGCGGAGGCUGCCCGGCAGGCAGCGAUCAAGGUGGAGCAGCAGCUUGCCACUGCGUCUGCGUCUGCAGGAAAUUCUGUCGGCAGCAAAGGUGGAUGGUCCCGUCGCUUCUUCCGAAGGAGGACCGGCCUUAGUACGGUACCGGAGGAUUCUGCUAGUGGCGAUACUCGAACGAUACCGAAGGACAGCGCAAUGAGACUGAGACCCGAUAUGAUCAGGCGCAUGGACGGACAGCCCAAACCGGUCAACCCGAGCGGACGGAUCACAGAAAGCGGUGCGGUUCCUAUGAUGCAUACACAAACAGAAGGACAAAGGCAAGGGUCCUCUCCUCGUCAACUUGCGUUCGCAGAUGAAAUGACCCAGUCCCCGGCGCAACUUGAAUUUGAAGAUGAUGUCGAGAUCAAGAACCUACAUGUAGAAACUGUCAACGCGGGCCCUGCAGAUCCGAAAAGAGACACCCCUGGGCGAGCACGCCGUCUUUCCGAUUCAGGAAGUCUGAGGGAACUCUCAAAUUGCGGGCCUGAAGCGGGUCAAGGUGCUGUGACGUCAGCUACAUCGACUGGAAUGCCACGGACAGCGACUAUCGAGUUUGCACCCACUGUUUCUCCUUCACAUCUUCCCCUCUUCCCUGUCGGUAGCCGGACCGGUCACUCGGAUUCACCUGAAUUUUCAUCAGAUGUUUCAGUUUCAGGGUUCUCUGUACCCCGCCGUCGCCGUUCUUCCGCAGUACCCCAACAUUCGCACGUGCCAUUAGCACAGCACCCAACUAUUCAGACACAUCGAUCUAGUAAUGCUAGACGCGCAUCGAGUUCGUAUCAUCUCGACCAACCGCAGGAGCAGAUGAUACGAGGGUUCGGGGGGUUUCCUAUGCCGCACGAGCUGCUGGGGAUGCUGUUUGGUUGGCUAUUCCCUAACACCAAGGAUAGACUGAAGAGAACUGUGACGAUUCCUGUUACUACUACACUGACAGGCGGUGGGUUGGGACGAACUAUGAGUAGCACUGCGAGUGUCCCUGGGAGGCCGACACACGGUGGAAGUAUCAGCGCUAAGGAGGGUACGAAACCUGUAACGUAUAUUUCGUUCGACGCCGUCGUUGGGCGGAAUUCCGCGUUUCAUUUUUCGACCAACGAACAGCUUGAGGAGUUGGGUGGAGUGGAAUAUCGGGCACUGAAUGCGCUGCUAUGGUUAGUUGCAUCUUAUCACAUAGCCGUACAACUGGUUUCCUUCGUGGUGAUCGCUCCUUACAUGUCAUUGCCAAAGUGGGCUAGCAAUUUCGAACCUCCUGCCCAAUUUAGAAUAAUUACGGUCCCUUGGUUUUCAUUGUUCCAAGUCGUAUCGGCGUACACAAAUGCUGGAACUUCUCUUGUCGACCAGAGCAUGGUGCCCUUCCAGACAGCCUAUCCAAGAAGUUGGAUCAUCACGAAAUUCGUACCGAGGGAUUCUCGACUGAAUGAAACGCUGCAUUUCCUCCUAGACCAUCCCCGCCGAUGCUUUGUUUAUCUCUUCCCUUCGUACCAAACUUGGUUUCUCCUUACGAUUCUGGUCAUCAUGAACCUUACAGACUGGCUCUGCUUUUUGGUCCUUGAUAUUGGUAACCCUGACAUCGAUUCCAUACCUUUAGGAACGAGGGUUGUUGCUGGACUGUAUCAGGCUAUUGCUGUUCGUGCCGCGGGGUUUGGAAUAGUUCCGCUUGCCAGAAUAGCUCCCGCUGUCAAAGUCAUAUAUGUUAUCAUGAUGUAUGUUAGCGUAUGUGAUGUCCGCUCGACAAACGUCUACGAAGAGCAAUCCCUGGGUAUAUACGAUGAUGAUGAUUCAGAGGAUGAAAAUGCCUUUUCAACCGCAGGCCCAAGGAUGACGGUAUGGUCUCGGUACUUGGCCAUGCAUGCACGUCGACAACUGGCAUUCGACAUGUGGUGGUUAUGCCUGGCGUUGGUGUUGAUUUGUAUCAUAGAGCGCGGAAACUUGGACAACACGGAGAUACAGGGCUGGUUCAAUAUCUUUACUAUCAUUUUUGAAUUAGUCUCAGCAUACGGCACUGUUGGUCUCAGUCUUGGGAUACCUACCGAAAAUUAUUCGUUUUCCGGUGCCUUGAAACCUCUUUCAAAGCUCAUAUUAUGCCUCGUCAUGCUUCGCGGGCGACAUCGUGGUCUCCCAGUAGCCAUCGACCGCGCUGUCGUGUUCCCCUCCGAAUUCAAAAAGACGAAUGACGAGCCGCCCAUCCCUGUCACGCAUGAUGACGGGCAAUCAAGCCCCCACAGUAAGUUUCUGCAUACGCGCGACCCCCUUCCGAAGGACGGUCUCGCCUCCAGCAACGAAGGUCCAGUUACUUCGAGGGACGACUGA